ACAACGAUCUCGAUCAGCGUCGUGUGCGUACACAGUUCUCCAGCUGAAGCCAAAUAAAUUCAUUCACGUUGCAAAUGAUGGGAAAACUCAGCUAUCUGUUCUGCAUUUGCCUGACGCUGAGCAGCGUCGCCGUCUGGGCCAUUGAGCUGCGGCCAGACCUGGACUCUGGCCCGGUGGCAUACGAGUUCCACUGGCUGGUCAAUGAUCCGCACACGGGCGACAUCAAGAGCCAGAAGGAGACGCGCAAGGACGACAAGGUCGUGGGCCAAUACACGCUCAUCGACUCCGAUGGCUACUUGCGCACCGUCGACUACACAGCGGACGAUCACAGCGGCUUCAAUGCUCUCGUGCGCCGCGAGCCAACUGACAUCAAGAUACCCCAGCCCUCGCCGGAGCCCAAGAAACUGAUUGCCGCCAAGCUCCUGACACCACUCACUCCCCUCGUUCACUAUGCUCCCAAGGCCAUACUGAAGUCGGCCGAGCCCUCCGAGGGCAACUAUGUGUCCGUGUCGGGACCCACGGCCCAAUACAAAUACUAAAAUGUGCUUAAAUCACAUUUUAUCCAAGCGAUCAUAACUUCGACUACAUACCAAUAUCACGAGCACGAGCACGAGCACGAGCCGUCAAGGAAUCUGCCCAUUGACUCGAAUGCGCCAGCCCAAUCAAUUGCCAAUUCAUUUUACAAGCCAUACUUAAGUUAUAUACAUACAUAUAAUUGAACACACUCAUUUUAUAGAUGCAUCGUA